GGAUGCGCACGUUUGUUGUUUGGACAGAGGAAAACGGCAACGACGCUGAAGAAGUGUCUGAAGCUGCACAAACUCUUCGUGGCCGAGGUAUGACACACCUAAAGCAUUAUUACUCUUCACCACGCUAGUUUCUUCGCUCUAACGCCAGCUUCAUCUUAACUGCUGUACUCGCUGAUUGAUCCUCAAACGACUGGUGCAGCUGGCUCGCAGCACCCGCCUCGAGUCGGAAGGUUCCCAAGUGCUGUCGUCUCUUGCCAAUGUCAGCCAGCGUGUCCCAACACUGUUGCAGCCUGGCAGUGCCAAUACCAAUGACGAUGACGACGGCGAUGACAAUUUGGAGGUGAUGGGAGUUUUAAACUAUUCAGCCAACACUCAGGAAUUGUUACUUCAGAAGCACUUUUUGGCUCUGGAAAAGAGUCGCAGUUUCUUGGCCGAUAUCCUGCGCGACUACCAAGAGCUGCUGCGCCAUCUUCGGUCCUUUACAAGUGAAUGCGUAACACUUGUAGAUGACGCUUUCAUUGACAGCGAAGGUGCUGUGAGUGUUGAAAACGAAAUGGCAGCGAUGAGUUUCCCCUUGCAGUUGCAAGAGUGGAUGGAAACGGUUCUGGCAAUGAUUGAACACGAAGUAUUGCGGAAAACAAGACUCGUGGCUGAUUUGGAGUAUAGUGAUACAGGAAGAUUGAGUAUUGUGUCCAAGCAGUGGACCUCCAAAGGAGCAAUGAGCAACAUCGACAACGACUACGUGCAAACAGGUCUGCAGUUGCCACAAACCAAAUCUUCAGCGGUGCCGCAGUCCAGUGAUGACACUUCGAAGGGUAAGAGCAAGAAGAAAAAGAAAAGUAAAGCUAAGAAAUGAAAGUCCGUAACCUUCGACGUCUAAUCUGCCUACAUUUGCUAAAA